CUCUUAAGUCAACGCGGCGAGCUGCUCACCGCUUCUUCUCCUGUGAAGUCCCCUAGUCUGUCUGGAGGAACAUAUUGAAGAAAACAACAGCAGGAGGUGAAAUAAACGAAAGAAAGCAGACAUUUCUCUACUGGACACGAAUCGGGAGGAUUUCCUACCGUAAACCCGGGGGACCAGAGAGCCCCUCUUUCUGCGGGCAAAGGCGGCUGAACUUUUUUUUUUUUUUUUUUUUUUUUUUUUAAACUGCAACUUAAAAACAAAAUGAAUCGGAGCUUUACCAGAUCGCAACCUCUACGAAAUGCGGAUUGUAACGCGGUGGAAGUGAAAAGCAAGUAUGGGGCUGAAUUUCGCCGGUUCUCUGUUGACCGGGUCAAGCCUGGCAAGUUUGAGGAGUUUUACAAGCUCAUCCUGCACAUUCACCGCAUCGCCAACAUGGAGGUGAUGAUCGGCUACGCUGACAUUCAUGGUGAUUUGCUGCCGAUCAACAACGACGACAACUUCUGCAAGGCGGUAUCGACGGCUCAUCCGCUGCUGAGGAUCUUCAUACAGAGACAAGAAGAGGUCGACUACGCCAACUUCGGCACAAACACGAUCACGCGUCGGAAGAAGGCUGUGGUCGCUCUGCGCAACAACGACGUCAACAGAAAACGGCCGCACAUCCGCAUCGGCAUGCCGCAGGACUUCCGGCCCGUCUCCUCCAUCAUCGACGUGGACAUCCUGCCGGAGUCCCACCGCCGCGUCCGACUGUACCGCCACGGCUCGGACAAGCCCCUCGGCUUCUACAUCCGAGACGGGACCAGCGUGCGGGUGACGCCGCACGGGCUGGAGAAAGUCCCCGGCAUCUUCAUUUCUCGGAUGGUGCCUGGAGGGCUGGCGGAGAGCACCGGGCUGCUGGCGGUUAACGAUGAGGUCUUGGAGGUUAACGGGAUUGAGGUGACGGGAAAGUCCUUAGAUCAGGUGACGGAUAUGAUGAUCGCCAACAGUCAUAACCUGAUCGUGACGGUGAAGCCUGUGAACCAGAGAAAUAACGUGGUCCGCAGCAGCAGGAUCUCUGGAAGCUCGGGACAGUCGUCCGACAGCAGCGGUUCAACUGGUUACCCAAGUUUGUCCAUUGCUACAGCGGGGGUGACGUCGAGCGGCGCACACGGUUACCAAGACGACCUGGAGAGUGAUGAAGAGACGGAUAUCGUCAUCGAGAGUAGCCUCAAGCGGCCGUCCCAGAGGUCCAACGCUUCCCUGGCGUCCACCGCGUCCCGCACACACCAGCAGACGCAAUCGACGGCUCAAAAUCCAGCGGCGCCCCCGAGCCCUCCCACACGUCCUUCGUCGGUGGUCUCCACCGCCUCCUUCCACUCCCAGCCCAGCCUCAACGGAGGGUCCCACCAUCACAGCAGCCUCAGCUACCAGCUCCACAGAGACCUGAACCUUCAGCACCAACAGUCCCAGCAGCGUCAUCACCACGUACAGCCUCCACAUUACAGCAGCAACCCGGCGCUGCGUCACAGCAACGGCAGCCUACACAAAAUCCUCAGCUCCAUGAAAUCUGACCCACGACACAGUCUGGCACUGCCCAGGGGAGGAGUUGAGGAGGAUGGCACCGUCAUUACCCUAUAAUACUAAAAAAAAAAAAGACACACACACAUAGACGGACAGAAACAUCCCCACCGCUCAGAGACUUAAAGUGGAACACCAGGCCAUAUAAUGAGCGUGACUGUGUUUAGUAAGAUUCUCAUUUUGUAACUUCUGUUUGUUUUUACAAGAUGAUUAAUAACAGGAAGUUACAAACCAGGAAACAAGGAAGAUGUAAUUUGUAUAUUUUUUCGUGUUUUUUAAAAUGUGUCUUAAAUGAAAAGAUUUGUAUGUAUGUUUGUACUAAGCAUUAGAACAAAGCGUUUUUAGGCGAGUCCACUGUAUGUUAAGAGUUCUGAAUGUGCCUACAGUCUGAUAUCUUUUCUUAGUGACCACUUUUAUUAUGAUCCUUUUCAUUCUUAUUACUGGGACCAACUGGGGGUUUUUGCUUGUGGACAUUUUUAAAGAGUAAAUCUAUAUUUCUUAUAUUCUAAAUGCUGUGUAGAGUAUGAAUUUUUUUAGAGUUCUUUUAUGCAUUGAUGAUUGUGAUCAAAUUACCUGUAUCUGUUCCAAUAAAUUAUUCUCACGAUUUUUCAAACUA